AUGGAAUCAAUGCUAAUGUUGAAACGAGCCUGUCUCUUCAAACCCAGAUUUGUUACUGUAGGAACAAUCUCUUCUUCUUCAAGCUGCAUCGAUCGUCAUAUUCGUGUGAUUCUCAGUGAUCAGUCUUCGACCUUCGAAUCUCUUCUUAAACACAACGCAAUUAUCAUCACUGGAGGAAACUCCGACAAUGUCUUCGUCGCAUCGAAGCUGAUUUCAUCUUACGCUUCAUUCGGAAAACCCAAUCUGUCUUCCAGAGUCUUCGAUUUGGUUAGUCAGAGAGACGUGUUUCUGUGGAAUUCUAUCAUCAAAGCGCAUUUCUCCAAUGGAGACUAUCCUCGAGCGCUGGAUUUCUUCUUCUCGAUGCUGUUGUCCGGCCAACGUCCUGAUCAUUUCACUGCUCCGAUGGUUGUUUCUGCUUGUGCGGAGCUUUCGUGGUACGGUGUUGGGAGUUUCGUUCACGGAUUGGAAGGAAGGUGUCUUCAUGGAUUUGCGGUCAAAAAUGGUUUAGCUUCUUCCAACAUGGUUCAGUCUUCGAUUUUUUCAUUGUAUACGAAAUGUGGGAAUCCACCUGAGGCUUAUCUUUCUUUCCGUGAACUUGGUGAAGAAGUAGAUGUGUUCUCAUGGACAUCGAUUAUAGCUUCACUGGCGAGAUCAGAGAACAUGGAGGAAAGUUUUGAUAUGUUUUGGGAAAUGCAGAAGAAAGGGAUACAGCCAGAUGGGGUUGUCAUUAGUAAGAUGAUGCUUGUCGCUGAAGGUAAAGCCUUUCACGGGUUCGUCAUAAGGCGAUGUUUUUCUUCAGACGGUACAGUUUGCAAUUCGUUGUUGUCGAUGUACUGCAAGUUCGAGCUUCUGUCUGUGGCUGAGAAGCUUUUCUGUAGGAUACGUGGAGAAGGAAACAAAGAAGCUUGGAAUACAAUGGUUAAAGGCUAUGGUAAAUUGAAGUGUGAUGCAAAGUGUAUCGAGUUAUUUAGAGAGAUUCGGAAUCUUGGGAUCGAAAUUGACUCUGCUUGCUUAGCCUCUCUCAGCGGUGCUACUGGGGAAGUCGUUGCAUUGCUAUGUUGUGAAAACUAG